AUGAUAAAAGUAACUCAACGUCAAGCAACAUUUAUCCUUGAUGAGAUAACACCACAAAAAUCAAUCCAAUCCACACCUACUCCUUCUUUCUCGUUCUCUGCUUCAAACAUGGGAGAUCCUUCACGUUUUCUUUCAAGUUUCUUCAAUUUCUUUACAAAAACAGCAGGGAAUAGAAAAUCGGAUUCAAGUGAGGGAAAUGAAAAGCAGGCUAAGUUACGAAAUACUGCGGCUCUUCCUGGGGAAAUAUUAGCCCGUCAAUUUUCUCUAGCCGAGAUCAAAGCUGCAACCAAAAACUUUCAUCAGAACUUGAUUAUUGGCAAAGGUUAUUUGGGAUAUGUGUACAAAGGGUUUUUCUAUGAUGGGAACUUGGUUGUUGCUGUCAAACGCUCUAAUCGAGGUUCAUCAGAUGGAUGGCAUGAGAUCCAAACUGAAUUGCAGUUGCUCAGCCAGCUGCGUCACCAACAUCUCAUAACUCUUAUAGGGUUCUACACUGAUAACAGGGAGAUGAUCCUUGUGUAUGAAUAUAUGAGAAACGGGACACUCCGUGAUCAUCUAAAUGAUUCUGCUAACAAUCCACUCCCAUGGAAGCAGAGGCUAGAGAUAUGCAUCGGUGCAGCUCGUGGGUUACAUUACCUACAUACUGGAGCAAAGCAAGGAGUAAUUCAUCGUGAUGUCAAGAGCGCCAAUAUUCUUUUGGAUGAUAAAUGGGUUUGCAAGCUUUCGGAUUUCGGGUUGUCCAAGAUGCGCUCCCAUAGAAAGUCAAAAACUUUGGAAAAAAUAGAUUCAUUGAAGGGUACUUUUGGUUAUUUGGCUCCAGAGUAUGCCAGAGGAGAUGGACUGACCGAAAAAUCCGAUGUGUACUCAUUUGGGGUUGUUUUAUUUGAAGUAUUGUGUGCGAGAAAGGCAGUAGAUGAACUUUUAAACGAGGGUUUAGUACUUCUAGCUCAUUGGGCCCGUCGGUCCAUAGAAGGAGGAACCAUUUGUAAUAUUAUAGAUCCAUAUCUAAAGGGGAGGAUAGCUCCAGAGUGUUUCAAGUUAUUCAUGGACAUCGCUUAUUGUUGUACUUGUGAGGAGGGAAAUACACGGCCUGAUAUGGGUGAAGUGGUGGUGAUGCUAGAGCUUGCUUUGGAGCUCCAAGAGAAAGCAGAUUCUGAUUCGGUGCAUCUCGCUCCUCAUGGUGAAUAUAUGUAUGAAGAAGUAUUGUUUAGUGCUUCCGUACCUGAGUCCAGUUCUACUGUUGACAGUUUUGGUGUACAAAGUGAUACUGGAAUUCUGGAUUCAUCGUCAUUCAUUGAAUAUACAGGGACUAAUAACACUGAAUAGAUUGCAAGUGAUCAUGUGAGGAAAUUAAGCUAACUUUCCAAUGUAAAUGUACUUGUUUAUUCUGCAACAGGGAAAUGGAGUUCAUAAAUCUGCCUUUUUUUUUUUAGCUUGUUUUUAUUCUGUGUUUUAUAUAUGCUUUUUCUUUCCUUUGAUUUCAAUGAGACUUGUUUUGCUGAACGUUAUGAUGCAAUUCUUCAAUUUAUAGUUAGAUUUGAUGAUUGUUCUAAAGAGUAUGGAACCAUCAAUUAGGUAGAGAAACUCUAUUCAAGCACUUCUUUUCCUACUCUUUACUGAAGUUUGCUUGACAUGGUCUGCUAUAACAUAAUUGCAAAGCAAGAAGCUUGAGAGUUCAUGAUACUGCCAAAUGAUGCAGCCACUAUACAUUGCUGAAGGGGCCACUGCAUUUAUCUUCUUUUGACGCUGUGUUUGGAAUGUGCCUACUGAGUUUUCUUUCCAAAAAAAAAAGAAGACAGAAUGCACAUGAAUCCUGAAGAGAAGAAAAGAAUAGGAUACAAAUAAUCAAACACCAAGAGUAGAGCUGUUUAGACCUCAAGCUAUUGAAACGUUGUUAUUAACACAGUCUGUGCCAAUGAUUGCAUGAGUUAAUCAUGUUAAUCUCAAUCAGACAACCUUUUUAAUAUGACCAAGAGCUUUUAUGAAAAACUACUGCAGACUACAAUUUUUUAUAUAAUUUAUUGUUUCUCUAUCUCCAUACAUGAUAAAUAUAAACACACACUGCGAUCCAUAAUAUAUUGGAAAUUAAGGAUUUACCCUUUAGCUUCUCCACUGCCCAUUGCAACUCACCGUCCUAGCUGACUAAUUCUCUGCAACGUUGACAAAGUUGCAAGACUUCCUUCCAUACGACCUUUGAGAAGUCACAUUCAAAAAAUAUGCAAUUUUUGGAUUCCUGCUUUGCUUUCUUCCCUGUUUCUUUUGCUUAUUAGUUUUUUGAACAGCUUAGUUUGUUUCUUGAAGUUGGUUUUCCUGCUAUCGUUGGACUAAAUGAAUUGAAAUUACUACCAAUUUAAGAAGUUCUUAUUGUAUUUACCUGAAA